AGAGAAGAGAAAGAGAGAGAGAAGAGAAAGAGAGAAGAGAAAGAGAGAGAGAGAGAAGGGGGGAUCAUGAAAAAGAAAGUAAAGGAUCUAAAAGAAGGGGAAGGAGGAGGAGAGAAAGCAGUGAACGCCAGCGAGGAGAAAAAGACGGAGAAAGACCAGACUUGGAUCCCUAAGAUUAUUAAGAAGAGAGUUUGCACGGCUUUCAUUGAAGACCCGGGGAGUAAUGGGGUGAGGUGUCAGUGUGGGCUCUCUCGGCCUCGUCACGGACCCACUGCCACGGAGGAUCACUUUGGAGCUGCGAUCGUGAGCAACUGGGACUCCAGCCAUCAUUCCAGCGAACAACCGACAGACGCCUUCGGAGACGUGGAAUUCUCAGGACUGGGGAAAAAACACAGACAUUUCCUGCGGCUCUCCAGCGAUACGAAGCCCCAGGUUGUUUACAGCAUGAUCACACAUCACUGGCAGAUCCCGCCCCCCUCCCUCGUCGUCUCUGUCGUCGGGGGCGACGGGAACUUCGAGAUCAAGUCCUGGGUGAAGGACGUGCUGAGACAAGGGCUGGUGAAGGCAGCUCAGAGCACGGGGUCUUGGAUCAUCACAGCAGGGCUGCAUUCUGGGAUCAGUCGAUUUGUGGGAGAAGCCGUGAGGGAUCAUUCGACAGCCAGCACACAGUCCAGUGCGAAGGUCAUCGCCAUGGGGAUCACGCCCUGGGGGGUCGUUCACAACCGAGAGCAACUGGUCAAUGCAGAGGGCUCUUUCCCAGCGAAGUAUUUUGCAGAUAACUCUGAAGGCUCCUCAUGUCUGGAUAGGAAUUACUCCCUGUUCCUGCUGGUGGACGACGGGACCGUGGGGAGGAGCGGGGGGGAGACCAGAUUCCGAGCCAGGCUGGAAGAGUACAUCUCACAUCAGAGGACUGGAGUGGGGGGGAGCAGGGGUAUUGAGAUCCCAGUGCUGUGUCUGCUGAUCGCUGGAGAGCCGCACAUGCUGCAGAGAGUGGUUCACUCGCUGAAGGACUGCAAUCCAUUCCUGGUUCUGGCGCGGACGGGGGGCGUGGCCGACUUCCUGUGGGAUCUAUUGGCCGAGAGUCUGCCGAAGGAGGGGCUUAGAGAGGAAGUGGAGGAGAGAGUGAAGAGACACUUCACUAGAGGAGACAUCAGCAAACUGACUGAGAUGGCUCUUGAGGUUGUGCAGAACAGAGAUCUGGUCACCGUGUACGAUGUGGAAGUUGAUGGAUCUGAAGAAUUCGAUACCAUUAUAUUGAGAGCACUGGUCAAAGCUUGUAAGCGCCAGUCCAGUAACACGUCUGAAUACGUGGAGGAGCUGAAACUCGCUGUGGCCUGGAACAGAGUUGACAUCGCAAAGACUGAACUGUUCAGUGGAGAUGUGCACUGGAAGUAUAUAGAUCUUGAGGACCCCAUGACUGAUGCUCUGAUUAAUAACAAGCCCGAGUUUGUCCGGCUCUUUGUUGAAAACGGGCUGAACGUGUUUCGAUACCUGAGCCCCGUGAGACUCGAGGAACUGUACUCCAACCUCCCCGAGAACUGUCUGGCCAGACAGCUGCUGCUCCAGCGGAAAACGAGGGACCCCCACCGGCACCCCCUGCCCCCCCUGAAGGAAGGGGGGCCCCUUUGUUCCCCUCAGGACAAGGACAUGGACAAGUUGAGGGACAAGGUGUGCCUGCACGAGGUCUCCCAUCUGCUGAAGGACCUCCUGGGGGACGUGUGUGAACCCCUGUACCCCAAAACCCCGGAGAACAGCAAGAUGAGAGGGAAGCCUUGCAUCUCUCCCCCUCCCUGGACCAGCUUGUUUAUCUGGGCUGUGCUUCAGAACCGAGCCACAAUGUCCGAGUACUUCUGGGAGAUGUGCAGUGAGUCGGUUCACUCUGCGCUUGCUGCCUGUAAGUUGUUGAAGGAACUCUCUCGUAUUGAGACGGAGGCCGAGAGCAAACAAGCCAUGAAAGAGCUGGCAGCGAAAUUUGAACAGAGAGGCCACGAUGUGUUCAGUGAAUGUUACAGGAACAGCGAGAGUCGGUCCCAAGUCACUUUUCAUCAGGAAGGAGUUCCAGUUUGGGGGGGAGAAGAGGACUGGCCUUCAACUCGCUACUGCGCGCAGGACGCCAGCGCACGCUUCUCAGUCAAGACCGGGGUCCAGACUCUCCUCAAUCAGAUCUGGUGGGGAGACAUGGAGAGGAACACUCCGAUCUGGAGAUUAUUGCUUGCCUUCUUCUGCCCUCCCCUGAUCUACACCAACCUCAUCACAUUCAGAACCCCCGAGGAGGAGGGGAAGUCUGAGGAGCCCCCCCUUCAUGAGAGGGAGAGUAUCGACGUAGAGACCAUCUUCUCAAUGAGGGAGAUGAUUAACAAUGAUGAAGACGAGGAGGUAUACCAUGCCUUGCAGCAGAUCGACAAAGACCCCUCCUUCUCUUCCCCGCCCCCCCUGGCCCAUCCAAAGCCCUGCCCCUUCCUGGUGACACGCUGGAAGAAGUUUUGGUUCGCCCCCGUGACGGCCUUCCUCGGGAAUGUCGUGAUGUAUUUCUGCUUCCUCUUCCUCUUCUCCUUCGUCAUCCUGGUGGACUUCCCCCCGCCCCCCCCAGCGGGCCCCUCCAACUCCGAGAUCGUGCUUUACUUCUGGGUGUUCACGCUGGUGUGCGAAGAGAUCCGACAGAGUUUCUUCAUCGUUGGAGACAUUAGUGUGAUGAAGAAAGCCAAGCAGUACUGCCAGGACAUGUGGAACCGAUUCGACAUGACGGCCAUCUCACUGUUCAUUAUAGCAGUGACCUGCAGGAUGUUUCAAUGCACCUAUGAUUUGGGGCGCACGGUGCUCUGUAUUGAUUUCAUGGUCUUCACUCUGCGUUUGAUUCACAUCUUCGCUGUUCACAAGCAACUCGGACCCAAAAUCAUCAUCGUGGGGAAAAUGAUGAAGGAUGUCUUCUUCUUCCUCUUUUUCCUGGCUGUGUGGGUCAUGGCCUAUGGAGUGACGACUCAAGGGCUCCUGUAUCGCGCCGAGUCCCGCGUGGAGUGGAUCUUUCGCAAGGUUUUCUACCGACCGUACCUCCACAUCUACGGACAAAUCCCACUGGAGCACCUGGAUGCGACUCGACUGAUGCCCACUAACUGCACGGACGACCCGGCCGCGAUCGGCGACCUGCCGCCCUGCACCAACACCUACGCCAACUGGCUGGUCAUUCUGCUGCUGGUCAUCUACCUGCUGGUGACCAACGUGCUCCUGCUGAACCUGCUGAUCGCCAUGUUCAGCUACACGUUCUCUAUAGUCCAGGGGAAGAGCGAUAUCUACUGGAAGUUCCAGCGCUACAGUCUCAUCGUGGAGUAUCACAGUCGCCCCGCCCUCGCCCCUCCCUUCAUCAUCAUCAGCCACCUGAACAUCUUCAUCAAAAGGAACGUCCGCAGAGUGGCGUCUGUGAAGAAGAGGCACUUCAUGGUUGAUCUGAAGGGUCGUGCGGACGGUAUUCUCCUCACCUGGGAGGGGGUUCAGAAGGAGAACUUCGUGGCGGGGCAGCAGAGGCUGAAGAGAGAGAGCGACUCGGAGCGGCUCAAACGCGCCUCAGUCAAGAUGGAUACUGUUUUGAAGCACAUGUCUGAAAUCAAAGAUCACAACAGGAGACUCAAAGCCCUGGAGUCUGAGUUGGAGUAUUGCAGUAGCGCCCUCUCCUGGAUGGUGGAGGCAUUUACAGAGAGCAACUUAAUCAAAAGCACUCGGCCGCCCCCCGCUGUGAGAGAUCGCAAUGCCGCAGUGGAACCCAGAGGACCAGAGUGACAGACAGACGGACAAAAAACAACUCGCUCAGGAAUUUCAUUUCAAAUAUUCCUCUAGUUUUCUAUUUUUUUAUUUUUUUUAGAAAUUCUCUUUUUUUUUACAAUUCAUUUAUGAACUCAUUCCAUGGUUUAACACAAACAAACAAACAAACAACUGAGAAUCCGAGCUGCAGUUUGUGUGUUUGUUGAAAGGAGUUCGAUCCUCCACUCCCAGAGUGCACCAGGACCCCCUCCACUCCCAGAGUGCACCAGGAACCCCCUCCACUCCCAGAGUGCACCAGGAACCCCCUCCACCUCCAGAGUGCACCAGGAACCCCCUCCACUCCCAGAGUGCACCAGGAACCCCCUCCACCUCCAGAGUGCACCAGGAACCCCCUCCACUCCCAGAGUGCACCAGGAACCCCCUCCACUCCCAGAGUGCACCAGGAACCCCCUCCACCCGCCCAGAGUGCACCAGGAACCCCCUCCACUCCCAGAGUGCACCAGGAACCCCCUCCACUCCCAGAGUGCAC